UCCCGUAACCUGCAGGCACAGUAUGAUCGGCGCCGCGGAAUGGACAUCAAGCAGAUGAAGAACUUCGUGUCCCAGGAGCUGAAGGGACUGAAGCAAGAGCAUCGCCUGCUGAGCCUGCAUAUUGGUGCCUGUGAGUCCAUCAUGAAGAAGAAAACCAAGCAGGACUUCCAGGAGAUGAUCAAGGCUGAACACUCUCUCCUGGAGGGCUUCGACAUCCGUGAGAGCACCAGCUUCAUAGAGGAGCACAUUGACCGGCAGGUGUCCCCCAUCGAGAGCCUGCGCCUCAUGUGCCUCCUGUCCAUCACGGAGAACGGUCUCAUCCCCAAAGACUAUCGCUCCCUCAAAACCCAGUAUCCCCAGAGCUAUGGCCCUGAGCACUUGCUGACCUUCCACAACCUGAAGCGCAUGGGGCUGCUGACAGAGCAGGCGGCUGGGGAGACUCUGACUGCAGUGGAGAGCCGGGUCAGCAAGCUGGUGACCGACCGGGCUGCUGGAAAGAUCACGGAUGCGUUUAAUUCUCUGGCCAGGAAGAGCAACUUUCGAGCCAUAAGCAAGAAGUUGGGGUUGAUCCCCCGGCUGGACGGCGAGUACGACCUGAAGCUGCCCCGGGACAUGGCCUAUGUCUUCAGCGGGGCCUACGUGCCCCUGAGCUGCAAGAUCAUCGAGCAGGUGCUGGAGCGCCGGGGCUGGCAGGGCCUGGAGGAGGUGGUGCGGCUGCUCAACGGGCACGAGUUCUCCGUGUCAGACAGCACAGCCGAGGACAGCACCGAGGCACAGCGUGUGGUGCUCGCCGUGUUCCUGGGGGGCUGCACCUUCUCCGAGAUCGCGGCGCUGCGCUUCCUGGGCAAGGAGCGAGGAUGCAGGUUCAUCUUCCUGACCACGGCCAUCACCAACAGCGCCCGUGUGAUGGAGGCCAUGACCGAGGCUCGGGCCUGAGGCCGAUACCGGCGGCGGCACCGGGAGGGGGGGGGCUCGUUUGGGUGGGGCG